UCCGCCGCCAUCUUACAUGCCUCAUAUUCCGUUGCAGUAGAUAUUUCUUUCCCCUCACCCUUUGAGCUUCACCCCCGCAGCAAUACACUCUGUCCAGUAUUUCUUACGUCCAUGGAUUAACUCGAGUUGUGGAACCGGGCCUAAGGCCCAGUUCUACGAUCCAGUUAAUCCGAGUUGAAGUAGUGAAUGGACCAAUCAGGACCCAGUUUAACGUAUUAAACUCCGAUUAACUCGAGUUGUGGAACUGGGCCUAAGUUCCUGCUGAUGGUUUAUGAUUGUUUCACUUCGUUUACGAUAUUUGGCGGCAUUUUACGGGACGAUCAAAUAUUGUUGGAUUUUAUCAUGAAACUUUCAUUAUAAGUUCUAGUACGAUUUUAUUUUUUUUUACAACUGAUCGUCUCGAGCUAUCAAGCUCGACGUUUAUAAAUCCUGCCAGAACAUCGGAGAAAACCACAAAAAUGUCACGAAUAUCAGAAAGAAUCUCCGGUGUUUUGAAGCUAGCCAAUAGUGCGAAAUUGAGUGACAGAAAGACAUUUGUUGCCGAACUCUUGGAUUUAUACCGGAACGAUGAUGCUCUCAAUGAAAUAUAUGAGAAUACAGAGAAGAAAGUUCCAGGGAACAUUAAUUGGCCCUACAUUAUACAUACAGUUCACCAACUAAUUCUCGACGAAGCAGAAAAGCCCAGUAAAGAAACGACUGCCAAAAACAAAGAGAGACAGGCACUCUGUAGUUUAAUGAUUGAUACUAUUCGUCGAUCUAAUGAAAGGUCUGCUGAACUUCUAUAUGGCAACGACAUAAUCUCUAGGAUACUGCAAAUAUUAAAUUCCAAGCCUUAUAUACAUUAUCAAGACACAUAUCUGGCAAUUCUAGUGAAGUAUAUAUUGCCCAAGAGUAUCAAUCAUAACAACAUCAGGGAGGAACAAUGGAAGGAAUUGCUGACAGUUUGCAGCAAAUUGUACAAAAAGGUGCACUUGAAGAAACACAUUGUAUUAAAUGCGCUACAAUUGAUCGUGGACCAUUCCUUCUUACACACAAAUUUAGUGUCUCAUGUGAAGAAUUUACUACUCUUCUUAGAGAAUGUCUUUGGAAAUGUGAAAGCAAAUAAUGACGAGCAGUUGACAGAAUCCUUCUACAAACUCAGCAGCAGUGUAUGCAGGCAAAUCGCGACAGAAUCAAGAAUAGCGCUCUGCAAAUUCAGCGAAGAUAUAUCGAUGGAUAUCCUACGUUUGAAUGGUUCCGAGGGAAAAUAUAACUUGUUAUUGAUGUUCCUGCAGAUUCAUCAUCCAAAUAGUAUCGGGUGCGACAGCGCGUAUGCCUACAACUGGAACAAGUGGAGAGAUUUGCUGCGUAGCAUGUGUCAACUUGUUCAAGAAAAUUGCAAAUUGGACGUGCAGUGGUGCAGUUUCAUCGAGUUUGCCAGCGAAGUCGUGAAACAAAUAAUGGACAACUCGGUGAAUCUCGCUAGCUCUGUUGAUGCAAAUUCUUUUGACGACACUUAUUCUCAACCGACCAAACGCAGACGAACAAUAAAUAAGAUGGAGAACGUCGUCGAUCUAAUAACAGAAAGCAGUCCCGAGGAAGUAUGGUCCUUGGUGAGAAUCCUUGAGGAAACAUUGAGGAAAUACCCGCAAUGCUUAAAGCCACAAGAUUUCGCGCCUUUGCUACAACGCUUAACGGAACUCGCUCAAUCUCGAGAUGAGCACAUCAUGGAUAAUUUAUACAAUCUCGCUAUUGUUGUCAUGGAGAACGAGAUGUCUAACGGAAAGGAAGUACAGGACACUAUGAUUCAUUGGAGCAAGAUCUGGGAUAUGCUACUCAGAUCUCUGGGAGCAAAUCAGAACGAAGAGUCGGGUCAUUCGCUGAUCCGUUGUUUUAUAGAGCACAACAAGAUGUCUAAUGCGAACGCUCUUCUCAGAUUGUAUCUGACAAAGGCAAUCCGUUGGUCGCCGAACAGCAUAUGCACGCUACGAUGGUUGUGCGAACGUAUUUCUCUGCCGGAGGACGCAUUCACAUCAGUAUUGGAUCCAUCACCAUCGACAACGAUUGCGCCGAUCUGUGACAGAACGCGUCUUCUGGAAUGGCUGCUAAAUGUGCCGUGGCAAAAAUUGAUGACACGAUCGUCCGAUAAAAUCAUCGAGGACGUCUGUGCUUUACUGGUGAAUCUCGUCCUGAGCUCACGUUGUAGGCAAAAUAUCCGGAAAUCGUCGCGAAAGCGCGAGGAAUCGCGCGAAUCUAUUUUUGUAUCGCAUCAGGAUAUUUAUUCGACGGACCUUUUACAAUUCUGUUACGCAUCUUUGACAUUCAAGAUCGAGCUUUCAGUAAGAUUGAAGGACGAAUGCGACGAGGAAAAUUUUAAACCGGUGACCACAGAUGGAAGUCCCGUCUUCUGCGUACAGGAGGUGUUUAAUUUUCUGAAAAAAUGCUUGUAUGACAUUUUUCAAGGUGAAGAUUCAAACGAUGAAACAAAAAAUACAGUUGAGAUACACAUCACACUAAUGAAAAUAGCGUUCCUAGCGAGAUCGCUAUCCAGUCUGAAACAUAUGGGUAUUAUUGCAAAGAUGGAUAGCGUUGACCCGUUGAUUGAUACGAUGGAAAAACACCUGAAGAAUAGCUUCGAAGUUCUAACGAAAAUUGAUUGGGGCAGAUACGCGUGCAAGUAUGCGUACUUAAUGAACGUGACCAGAGCAUUGAACGUGCUCUAUAGGACGCCUUAUGACGCGGAAAUCGCGAAGAUAAUCGUCUCUGCGUCUACUGUAGAUAUGUUGAAAAAUAUAUUCGAUCUCCUGAAUCUCGAGGACAGUCGUUACAACAGCGAUUAUCACAAAGAACAUGACACUUUUCAGACAAGACGCAGGCGUUCUGGUAAGGAGAAUCCAUCUUCGAGUCCUCGACGCGAGAAUGCAAUUCAUCUUCAGGUUGUGGCGGCCUUGGCGUCCUUUUGUGCGUUACGCGUCGACGCGGACCGCGACAAAUCAUUGCAAACGAAAAUGAUGCGUAACUUGUUCACCAUGCAGCAGGACUUUACCAACUGCGUCGAUUAUUGGGUAUCCUUAACAAUCCUGGAAUCGCUCCCUGCGCGCGAUCAGGACGAGAUUCACUCCGAAUAUGCGAAUGUGCCGUUGGAUCUUAUGUUGAAAGUUUGUCAGAGGAAUCAUAGGGAUGAGGAGGUGUCACGUCGGCUGUUGAAUCUGCUGCCAUACUUCCUCGAAUACGCGAUCAAGUACGGUUAUUCAUCGAGAAUAACCGUUGUUCAUACGCUCAUACAGUUUUAUAAACGUAUGCAUAAGUCGAAUUAUAGCGUUCUCGUGCACGUGGACUACAUGAAGUGUGUGUGCAACUGUGUGCGAAUCGAUCCGAGCUUCUCGUGGAAUCAUGACAUGGCUUCCGAUGAUGAUGUCGUGACGCUAUUGGAUAGCAUUCUCGACUACAUCGGUGAUAUGCUCUUCGUGCUGCGUUCGCAGGCUGUGCGAUGUCUACAGGAAGUCUUGUCCCUCAAGAAUAUCGCUUAUAAGUGGAAAGAGCGAAUAUGCAUCAAAGUGGAAAAGAUAGCAUUCGAUCUUCUCGAUGAGGUCCAACAAUCAAGUUCUGAUCCGCAAAACAGCAAUCUGGAAGAUAGUCAACAACAGGAUGAGAGAGAAACCAGAACAGCCAGCGCAUUGAUCGCUCUUGCCUCUAUUGUUUGCGCCAGCGGAAUUCUUCAGGGUCGCGCAUUAUACGCUAUGUUGCGACUGACAAUAGAAAGAAAAGUAGACGUGCAGAUAGUGCGGAAGAUUCUCUCAACAGCAGCGCAGUACACCACAACACACAUCUCAUUGGUUGAGGAUAAUUUAAACUAUCUGUUGACAUCCUGGAUCAAGGAUGCACAAUAUCCUUGCACAGUAUCCUUGCAGAGGUUUCCAUGGAUCCUCGCGGGAUGCGAGACUGUGGACGAAUUCUUCAAGAAAUACGUCAAUCGCAUUGUUCCGAUCGUGUUGCGCACUUCAGGCCUCGCCGAAGCCGUAUCCUUUUGUGCCGAUUGCGCCGUACCUUUCGACAAAAUCUUCGAGGACGUUUUUCCAUCUUGCUUUGCGUGGCUAUUGUCGCGUGUCAUCGUAUCUAAUGACGCUGAAACGAUGCGGAAAUUGACGAGGAACACGGACGAAUUCGCGCGUAUGCAGGAUUUCCGCCAAUUAUUUUACUCUCGUCUGCAGGACGUUCUGGUGGAGCUGAUACAGAGGCUACACGACGAGGAUGACUUCGGGCGUUUUCUCUCAAUCCCGGACGUGCGUUUUCCGGCGAUGGAUCCGCCGCAUUUCACGCGAAAAACGUUGGAUCUGUGCCUCGAUCACCUGGAGUCGUUUGACGUUCUAAUAGUAACCACAAGAGAGACACUGACCUGUACGCUAGUUGAACAACAACCAGCGAUGCUGCAGAAGAUUCUGUUGUAUCUCGCGAGUGCCGUACAUUCGGCGCGUUCUCAGGAAGAUAAGCUUAAGCGAUUAUAUCAGUAUGCGUAUCUUUGCUCGCGGCUGACACGUGAUUUGGCAAAGCCCGUCUUUGAUGAGAUGGCCGCGUUCCUGAUCCGGGACGUGUGCUACAGCUUACUGCAUAUGAUCGAAGGAAACGACAACGAGACGCUCACCACGGCAUGCUGCAAGUUUCUGGAUUUAUUCCUGAGACAAGCACUACCCGCGAGAGCCGCGGAGGUGCAGGACGUCCUCAGAUUCGUUGUAGCAAAUCUGGUCGGUUUGGCACAGUCAAACACGAGUAGCGUCAACCGAAUCGCUGCGAAUUUACUCAAGUUCCUCGUGGUGGAGCAAAAAAACGUUUUGCGAGAAGCCAUCGCGAAGCUCAGCUCAUUCCCGAACCACGAGGUCUUCUGGGAUGCGAAGGAAGCUCGCAAUGCCAUCAGAUCAGAAAAGGAUAGAAGCACGUUAUGUCUCGAGGACGAGCUGGAGGGUUUCCUAGAUGCCAUAAGCGAGGAGAACGCCGAGUGCACCCUGGAGGACCUCGCGAAUCUCACGCAGCAACUGUCGACAAGAAAAAGGGAACUGAAAGAGCUGCAUCGGAAGUUAGAGAGGUCGUAUCCCGAGGAUGGCACCAGUAUCCUGCAUCGAUUGAUAUUCAAACUUGCCAAGUUGACGGAAUCGUGUAAUCCACGUGUAUCGAUGGAAGCCACAAAGUGUCUCGGUGAACUGGGCCCGACAGAUUCCACUGUGGCACUACGACCAGCGGGAAGUCUCGUUCAGGAAGCAAACUAUGCGAUAGAAAUCCUAAUCUAUCGGUCAGUUGCGAUGUUGACGAAUUUCCUUGUGGAGAAAGCGGUGAAACUUCGCAAGGUUAGCGCCGAUGCUCUUUAUGCGAUACUGUCAACUUCUUUCGGUCAUAAACUAUCAGACUCCGAAUACACGAAAAAUUUAUCAAGCAUCCUCGGAGAAUCCACGCCUCUGAAGAUUAAUUACAUCCGACCAUUUGCUCGCGGACGUUGCGUAACACAAAUGUCUUUUUGUGUGGAUGCCACGAGAUUUCGCAACGUUAUGAAUCCAGAGAAUUCGCUGUGGACUGUUCAGAAAAACGAGAAUUACGCUGAUUGGAUUGUCAAAUUAACUUGCACCAUCGCUGAAUGUUUUGCCAAUUCUUAUCUAGAGAGCUUCCUACCAGUCUGCCGGCUUAGUGUCAAAUUUUGCGAGUUAAUCCUGCCGAGGAUUGUUUAUCUUGUCAUUCAUCGAAACGUUAGUUUCAUCGGUACCAUGUGCGACUGCAUCAAUCAAUUCUUCAGGCAACAUUUUGCAAUUAACCAUGAAGCGGAGAUUACUGCGUCAUCGACGUCGAGAAGUGGCGGUUGUGAUCAAAAAAUCGUACGCUGCAUGCUGGACGUGGUGAAUCACGUACGGGCGCAGCUACCGAAUGAUACGACUUUGACGCUCGACUAUGUCAACUUGGCCAGAGCUGCGCACAAAUGCUCCGCAUAUUAUACGGCUCUGCUGUUUGCGCAGCUCGCCUGCGAGUCGAUCUCGUCAGACUACCCAGACUUCAGCAGUGAUCCGAGGAUCGACUAUAUCUAUGAACGUCAGCCAGUGAUUGGUCGGGUGCUGCAAGACAUCAUGCUGGACACCUACCUGAAUAUCAGCGAUCCGGAUGCCACAAGUGGCGCUGGAUCGUCGCAUCUGCUCGAUCAGGACUCCCGAGUGCAGUACUAUGCUCGUACCAAUUGUUGGGACAAAGUCAUCCUCGCCCAGGACAUCGAACUAUCGUACAACAGCAAUCAAUCGUCGCUAACAAAUGCCAGGACAGAGAUGGCGAACGCAUUACACCGCUCGGGAUUGCAGUUUCUCCAAUGGCGCUUUCUGGGCGACUGUCUAGAUGAAAGGUUUAGUUAUGAGUGCGCCUGGAGACUCGGUAAUUGGGAUCUACUGGUAACUGAUUCUGUUGCUGCCACUAGUCAUAACAAUCUUCAACCGCAGCACUUACGAUUGGGGAACCAGGAAAGUGUGUUUCAUGUGCAUCAUUACGAUGCGCUCAAAUGCCUUCACGAAAACGAUCGACGAGGGACGGAACAGGCGAUCGAGCGCGCUCGCGUAAGCGUAAUUCGUCAACUGCGAAUGAUCAGUCUAGAGAGUAGUCGAAUCGUCAACGAGAAGCUAUCGCAACUGCGACUGUUGCGCGAAAUCGAACAGCUGAAUUCGGUGGCCGACUCGCCGCAGGAAGAAUAUUCAAAAGUAUUGCAACGUUGGAACGAACACGAGAUUAGCCUGACGGGUCAAUUCGACUACGUGGAGCCAAUUUUAUGGCAGCGUAUCACCAUGUUCCGCAUCCGCGAAUCCUUGUGGACGAAUGCAAACAUACAAGAAGCGUUCUUCGCUACUUGCCUAGACUUGGCGAAGGUCGCGGUAAGUCAGGGAGACUUUCAAGUGGCCACCCGAGCACUGGGCACGCUAGGGACGCAGCGAAACUUAUCUACGGAUUUAGAGAACCAACAUCUCUAUCAGGAAUCCCUCCUGGCAUGGAUGAAACACGACCAGAUCAUUGCGCGUCGUUUGUUGCGCAAUCUGAUCGAGAAAAGAAAUCCGAAGCCGAGUCUGAAAGCUAAAGCUCUGCGGGUCUACGGCGACUGGAUGGCUGAGACCAAGUCGGAGAAUCCGCAGACAAUAAUACAGAAAUAUUAUCUGGAGUCGAUUGAGAUCAGCGAGGCUAUUGACGAGCAAACAUCUGAUGUUGUUAGAGAAUUAUACGACACGCAGGUCGCGUUGGCACGUUUCGCUGAUGCACAAUAUGAUCAGAUCAGUGCGUAUAUGAACUCUCCAAUAUACGAGUCAUUAAAAGAAUACGCUCGCAGCAACGAUCCGAGGAUCCCAAUUGUAGAUCAGGACCAGAUGAAGAAUCAGGAUAUCAAACGUGCUGUAAUAAUCAGCCAGAAGCAAUCGACGAAUGAUGCGGCCGAGUUGAAGAACAUUGAGCAAGAGAAACGUAAUUAUCUCGCACAGGCUCUAAAGUAUUACCUGAAGACGCUGUGUAACAGCGAGGAGCACAAUCUGCUCAUUUUCCGAUUGGUAGCGCUCUGGUUGGACAACAUGCUCGAUAACGAGGUGAACGAAGAGCUGCUGGAUGAAUUAGAUAACGUGCCAUCUUUCAAGUUUGUGCCACUAGUACCGCAAUUAGCUGCCCACAUAAGCAAUGAUCUCAAACACCAGCGAAGCUUUUCCACGCGGAUCUUCAGGAUCCUUGAGCGCUGCGCUCUGGAACAUCCGUAUCACACAUUGCCCGUAGUAUUGGCAUUGAAAAAUCUACAUAAUGAUCCAGGAUCUACAGUUCUGAAGGAGGAACGUCGCGUGCUAGGCGCCAAGAAGCUUCUUAAGCGAUUGACUGAAUCACCUGUGCGCGAUAUCGUUCUAGAAAUGGAGAAUUUAUCACGGGCGCUGUUGAGUCUCGCUUAUUGGCAACCCAAGGGAAAGUGUACCGGAAAAUCUUACACGAUACCGCGAGAUCAAUUGAUAUCUAAGAUCAAAAACUUGGACAACGUUCUCCUACCGACUCUGAACUUACUUGUGAGGCCAUCGGGCAAUUAUGACAAUGUAGUCGGUGUAAGAGCAUAUCAGGAAACCUGCGAAUUCGUCGGUGGCGUAACCGCGCCCAAAAAAGUCAUCUGCGUCGGUACUGAUGGCGUGCAGCGCCGACAAUUGGUCAAGGGCAAGGAUGACCUACGGCAGGAUGCAGUAAUGCAACAGGUGUUUACCGUAAUGAAUACGCUGUUGCGCACAUGUAAAGAGACGAAACAGCGAAAUCUGCGCAUCAGAACUUACAAAGUAGUGCCGUUGACGCAGAGGUCAGGUGUGCUGGAGUGGUGCGACAACACAGUGCCCAUCACGGCAACUUUGAUAGGCAAUUCGGGCGGUAUACAUAAGAGGUAUUAUCCGCGUGAUCUGACCGCUGAAGCGGCCAGGAACAAAAUGAAGAAUGUUGCACAAGAAUCGAAUGAGGUAAAGUUGAAAGUUUUCCUCGAGUGUUGCCAACGUAUGCGACCGGCGUUUCAUCACUUUUUCGAAGAGAAGUAUCGAUCACCCGAGACCUGGGUCGAGAAGACGCUCACGUAUACGCGCAGCGUUGCCACCACAUCCAUCGCAGGUUACAUUUUGGGCCUCGGCGACAGGCACUUGAGUAAUAUCCUCAUCGACGAGCAUACCGCUGAAGUAGUGCACAUUGAUUUUGGCGUGGCUUUCGAACAGGGCAAGGUUUUGCCUCUUCCGGAGACCAUUCCUUUCAGAUUAACCAGAGACAUUGAGGUCGCCAUGGGUGCUUCCGGUAUUGAAGGUACUAUGAGACGCAGCUGCGAAGUGACCAUGACGAUGCUACGCGAUCAAAGGCAAAUUAUCAUCACCCUCCUUCAAGUCCUGCUGUACGAUCCGCUUUUCACGUGGGCCAUCACUCCAGAGAAGGCGUGUAAAAUGCAGAGCGACGUCGUAAGAAGCUACUCGGAAAACAGCGGGCGAGCACCUGUAGAGACAAAUAAGAUCGCCAAGAGAGCUCUUUUGAGGAUUGAACAAAAACUCCGGGGAACAGAGGAUGGUUUAGUGUCGAGCGUUCCGGGACAGGUCGAGAGAUUGUUACAAGAGGCGCGAGACCCCGCGAAUUUAUGCCGGGUUUAUUGUGGCUGGCAGCCAUAUCUGUUUACUGAUUGGGGCUGUUAUUGUAGAAAAUUUGCGGAGUUUUAGAAAUUCAUUUGACAACCAAUAAAUAUAUUUUAUACAAUGAGAAAAAAUAUAACUGUUAAUUGCAAAUUAACAUUAGAAAACGCAAUACAAAAAUUUAUUUUGGAAAAUUGUCUCACCGCUCACCGCUAUGCAAUGUUUCUCAAAUUUCUGCCAGGAAUAAAGUCUGCAAGUCGCGAUACUAAUAAAAGAUCAAAAGGAGCUAUUUCUAUUAUUUAAUUUCUGAUAUUUUUGACAAGUUCAAUAUGAAAUU